AUGAACACCAAACUUGUUUCUUUCGUCUUGACAAUCCUGUUGUCAGAUUUCGCCAACAGCGCGACUUUCGAAAACGUAACAGUGCUAUUGACAACCCAACUGGGCAAACUCUUCCUCUAUGGAAAACCACCCAUCGCGGCCAUUUUUAUCCCGUCAUCCGAAACCCUCACCGAUUACAUCAACCAUCAACCCCUCGAAGUCGUGACAAUCCGCAACCAAAAAAUCCCGAAACUCGUCGAAAACUCGCUUUCGAACUUAUCUAACAUCGUCCAUUUAUCGAUAAUUUCCAGUGGAGUCACAGAGCUCGAACCCGGAACUUUCAAAAACGUACCAAAGCUAGACGGACUAAACCUGGAAGGUAACUUAAUCAAAGAAAUCAAAAAUGGGGUUUUUACAGGUCUCCAAGUCAAAUUUAUCUACUUGAACAACAACAAAAUCUCCAUAAUUGAAAAUAACGCGUUUAAUAAUAUGACUUUAACGCUAAUCUCGCUCAACAAUAAUCGCAUUUCGGCUUGGAACACCAACUGGUUUCUUGGUAGUCCGGUAGGGUCGAUCUACAUAGCGAAGAACCGUCUCGAAGAGGUACCACCUCACGCGUUCGACUUCGGGUUGAAGUUCAAACGUUUGAACGUUCCGUUGACCGUCUGGAACGUGGUUUUGGCUCAAAAUCGGAUCAAGAAAGUCCACAAAGACGCGUUUAAGCACGUCAACGGUUUCGGUUAUCUCAGUCUGGCUGAUAACAAUUUGGAAGAGUUACCACGAGAAGUGUUCCAUUCGGUGAAAAACAUCAACACUUUAGAUUUGACUAACAACAACCUGUAUCACGUGAAUGGGGUUUUCGACGACAUUAACAUCAACCAGUUGAUUCUGUUGAACAACAGUCUGAGUUGUUUCCCGAUGGAAGUGUUUGAUAUCUCUACCAUAAGCUACGUGUUCGUGGACGGUAACCCCUUCACUUGUGUCUGUGUGGAACGAUGGAAGAAUUUCCAAAUUCAGAAUAACGUCUGGGUUGUCUACAACAUGAAGAAUCUCGAAAAUAAUUGUAACGAAAAAUUCCUUGUUUGAUGGUUAACUAAUGUCUGUAAUAUUAUUUUAUAAUAAAAAAUAUGUGUGUGUGUGUGUGUUGUGGUUAAUUAUCCUGUUCACUGUGUUGAUAAAGCGAAUGAGUAGCGGCUUCCUCGUUAGUCGCGAGUUAAAUAAAAACAAUAAUUCAAAAGAACCUUAUGUUGAAAACUGGGUUAAUUAAAAGUUCACUCAACUCUGUUUAUGAUGUAACAGCGGUGAUUCUAAAACCUGACGAUAUGAAUCGAUUUGUUGGCGUUUAUCACAGGUAAGAUAAACUAAAAAAUCGCGAUUAGGUUUAUACAACAUGCAAAAGUUGCAGCUGUUGUUCAUUGUCUCCCUGUUUGCAGUUCAACAGGCGCUGGAGUGCUAUGACUGUGAUCCGUCGGAAGUUCAACAAUGUUUGGAUCCUUAUGGAAGUAAUGUAAAAACAACUUUGUGUGAUGUAGCCGAAGAUACAACAAGCGAGUGUUUCACAAUGUAUUACUUACCAGGUGAUACCAGUACGGAGUUAGAAGGGUAUUACAGAGGAUGUAUUUCUUCCCCAAAUUCGGAUGACCAACUUACUUGUGAUUAUAUAGCUCAACUUCUUGAAGGAAAUGUUGUAACGUGUGGCGUUUGCUCCGAAGAUCUAUGUAAUGAUGCCAAUUUUACACGAUCAAUUUUGCAAAUCUAAAUAUAUUUUUGUUUAAAAAUAUAA